UGAAAUUAUAAUACAAUGACUAAUAAAUUGUGUAGAUUAACAUAUGUUUUAAAGCGUAUGUACAGAACUUUGAUAUGUGAUCGUCGAAGGACUUUUAUUUCAAUAAACUUUGAGAGAACUUACAGUUCAGCACUAUACAUUUCCGGUAAUAAGGCUUACAAAGCAUUUGCAUAUCUGUCGCCAUAUUUGGACGUCGAUGACAGAUUUGCCAAUAUAGACAAACUACAGAAAAAUCUCGCAGUGCGCGGGAUGGAUGUAAACGUAAUUCUAUUAAAGGAAGCGUGGGAUUUCUAUGUAAAGAUGGUUGCAGACAAAUAUGCAUUGGAAGACAAUAUCAAGAAACUCACAGAUCGUAUGAAAACUCUGUUGCAAAACGCCGAACAUACUGCCGAGCAGAAACAAGAGGUGCUCAAGUUGCGUACACAGCUUGGGAUCAUACGACAAGAUUUAAAGACGAUGAAGGAAGCGAUCUGGGAUCUGGAUGAAGAUGUAGUAGAGAAGGUCUUGAAGUUACCAAACGAAUUGGAUCCUAGAACACCUGUUGGCGAACCGGUGAUACUGAAGAGUGUCGGUAACUUGCCAGAGAUAUCAGAGAAGAAGAGAAGUCAUCUCGAUAUUGGGACUAGUCUAGACUUGCUACAAUACAAGAAUCCUAUGUGUUAUUUCCUAAGCAACGACGCUGCUUUGUUCGAGCUUGCUGUACUGGCGCACGCAGGCAGAGUUCUUGGCGAAAACAAUAUGAUAAAGAUAGUUGGUACAGAUUUCAGCCGCAGUUUUCUAGUAGAAGCCUCUGGUUUGAAUCAUGAGGAUCCUAUGGCUGCCUUUGUAAUAGAAAAUCAUAACGAGGUCGAGAGGGGUUCGUCGAAUCGCAUGCAUCUGGUCGGUGGCGCAAGCUUGGUCUCUUUUCUGGCAUUGCAUACAAAGCAGCUGAUAAAUCCCAAGAAUUUCCCUCUUAAGUACUUCGCCACAGGUAGGCAGUAUACACCAUCACCGCGAGAUUUGCACACCUGUGGUUUAUUCACUGUGUGCCAGGCUUCCGUUGUACACUCCUUCAUCGUAGCGAAAGAUGCAAAGAGCGAGGAAUACAAAAUUUUAUUCCAAGAACUUUUGGAGAUUAUAUGCAGAUUGUACGACGAUUUGUGCGAUCACUAUCGCGUUGUCAUGCGACCCGCGUCCGAGUUGCAAUCUUGUGAGGAAAUGCGCGUAUCUUUCGAGAUGUGGUCGCCAUUCAUGAACCGGUACAUAGAAAUCGGUCACCUAUCUAAAUAUGGCGAUUAUUUGAGCAAAAGAUUACUGAUUACCUAUCAAACACCCACUGGCAGGGAAUUUCUUACCAUGAUAUCAGGCACCGUUCUCUCUAUUCCGCGUCUACUAGCUUGUCUGCUCGAACAGAAUCCCGACAGAUUCGUGAUUCCGACAAAGAUUGCUGAAUUUAUGCCAUCAAAUAAUUAUGUUAUGUAAAUUAGUCUCAAAAAUAUAUAUAAUUUUAU